AUUUAGUGAUGGCAAUCAAACAACUGCCAAGUUCCAUCAAAUAGAUUUGGAGAAAGUUGCAGAUACUUUGGGGAAACCUGAGGAGAGGCUCCAGGACAUUUUGUCCACUGUUAAGGCCAUCACAGAGGACCUCAUUUAUAAUUGUGAGGACAGUGAGGACUCUGAAAGUUCUUUAGGUACCGGUAGUUCAACCAGUCUUGAGAGUGAAGCAAUCGAGCCGCGAACAAAGAAGAGGAAGAUCGAGGAAAAUACUACAGGAAAUGUGGAUGCACAAAUUGAAGAGAAAUGUAGAGGGAUAUCUGAGAUUGAACUGAAGAAACUUUGUGCUCCAGAAAGGGACGCUAAAAGAUAUGCAAGGAAGGAGAUAGUCGCGGCCAAGGAAUUCUUAAUGAGUCGGCAUUCAGACAUGGUCAUUCCUGUUUUAGAGAAGAGUGGAAAAUAUGAAGUUCUCGGUGGCAUGAGCUACAUCAAUGCAUCCAAAGAGCUGGUGGAUGAUGAAAGGUAUGGACAUCUUUCUCGUGGAUGGAGAUGCAGGGUUUAUCACAAUCUCAAUAGAAUUGAGGCGUUGAGAGUUGCAUCCCUGUUUAGAAUAGGUCAGCCGGUAGAAGAAGGUUUGAGCCUUCAGGAGGAGGUGGCAAUAUGCAGGAGCAUAUUAUAUAGCGACCAUGGCCUGGAAGUAGAUGCGCACCCACCCAAAAUGACUGCCCCUACCAGGAAGCAUUGCGCAGUAGCCCUGGGAAGAAGUGAUGCAAAGAAUUCUCUGAGGGCCCUUGAACCGACCUUCCAGUUGGCGAGCUAUUCAAGCAGAUGCUACGAAAAGGUGACGGAGCUUUUUAACUUAGUACAAGAAACAACUGGAAGGAACUUGAAACAAUUUUGUUUCAUGAAGCUUCAAGGUCUUGCAGAAGAAGAAAAGUAUAGGCUUCUUAUUCAAGCCUGCACCUCGCUCAAUGUGAAAGGAAUGAUGAAGGAGGCAGAGGCUUGCAAGGCCAAGAAGUACCUACAGAACUUUUUCACAAAAGGAGUUGGCACACUAACAUGGGCGGAGGCCAUGGCGAAACACCCUGCCCAUACGACAGAAGAAGCAAUGAAGCCGUAUAUCGGUCUAAAAUGGAAAAAAGGAAUGAUCCCCGAGGCAUUCUUAGAUCACAUCAAUAGUGCAAAGCGAUCACUAGAUCGAGAUCGUCCUACUGAUUCCAUCCCAGCCCUUGCAAUUCACGAAAUAAACACAGAUAGGCCUGGAACGAAUGCACCUAAUGCGAGAACAGUGAUCCAUCUUGCAACGGAUAUCAAAUCCCUAAAUGGAAUUGUCAACUCCUCAAAUGAUGUGCAUAUGGUACACAUCAUUGUCUCAGAGCCUGAAGAUCUUCAAGAAAUAAAUCACCAUGUGGCUGUGAUGUAUGCAGCUGUGGAGUCAAGGAUGAGAGGCCCAAAUUUGCUGUGCAUGAGGAAAAAAGAGGACAUCUUCGAACAUGCCAUCAGAUACUACACCUGUAGAGAUGAGUAUGUUGUCGAUGUUGGAGACGGUGUAUUAGCAACAGUUGCUCUAUCUUGUGGCCGAAGGACCUGCACUCCCGACGCAUUUGAUACUCCGGAUACUUUGGUGGAUGACACUCCUGCUACUAUAGACCCAUCAGAAGUGGAGUGGAUGCUUGAUGAACCUUCACACAUCUCUGACUCAGAAUUAAUUGAAUUUGAUUCUGUCUAAUGUUUGUUUUUUAAAGAUUUGUUAGCACAUGUAUUUGCUGCACUAGGAAUAUUUCAUUUUCUUUUGUUGGGUAGCAAAAACUGGGUGUAUUGUUUAUAUGUAUUUAUGGGUUAACCCAGGGAUGCCAAUCGUCCCGGUUUUGCCAUAUUUUUUCAUGGAUAGGCACAUAUCACUCCGCAAAUCUCCCACUCAUUUGUGACGCCACAUAGGUGAUCUGCAGCCAUCUUGCAUCAUACAAAGCACAAGGCUGCCGUAAUUAUCAUUUCAAUAUUAUGCACACUGCUAUGCAUUUCGUGGUAGCAAGAUGGUGGAUAAUCGUGUUCGAGACGUGCGCAAUAUCCAUUCAAGCAAGUAAGACUUCUGUGGUUGAAGCGUGCAAAAUUUGAGCGCGGUACAUCCAUACCUGUCCUGGACUCCUGGCCUAGCGGCGCCGGAGGGGGCAUUAAGCGUUGCCCCUGUCCGUCCGUCUGUACCCCACUUGGUUUCCGUGCAAUUACUUGUAAAGUAUUUAAUGGAUUUAAAAAAAAAUUGGUGUGGAGGUAGAUGGCACCAAGAUACAGAAUAAGUUUGAAUUUGGAGUCCGCAGGGCAAAGGUCACAGCUCAUUAAACUUGCGAGUUGGUUUCUGCGUGAUAACUUGUGAAAUAUUCAACGGAUGAAAAAAUUUCAGUGUGUAGGUAGAUGACACCGAAAUACAGGCUAAAUUAGAAUUCGGAGUUGGCAGGUCGAAGUUCAAAGGUCACAGCUGAUUAAAUAUGCGAGUUGGUUUCUGCAUGAUAACUUCUGAAAUAUUGAACGGAUUUAAAAAUUUAUGGUGUGCAGGUAGAUGACACCAAAAUAGAGGCCAAGUUCGAAUUUGGAAUCCGCAGGUCGAAGGUCAAAGCUCAUUUGAUAUGCGAGUUGGUUUCCACAUGAUAACUUAUGAAAUAUUGAACGGAUUACCAAAAAAUUUGGCUAGUAGGUAGAUUUCACCAAAAUACAGUCUAAGUUUGAAUUCAGAGUCCGCAGGUCAAAGGUCACAGGUCAUUGAAUAUGCGAGUUGGUUUCUGCAUGACAACUUAGGAAUAAUUCAAUGGAUUGAGAAAAAAUUUGGGUGUGUAGGUAGAUGACACCAAGAUACAGAAUAAGUUUGAAUUUGGAGUCCGCAUGGCAAAGGUCACAGCUCAUUAAAUAUGCAAGUUGGUUUCUGCAUGACAACUUAGGAAUAAUUCAAUGGAUUGAGAAAAAAUUUGGGUGUGUAGGUAGAUGACACCAAGAUACAGUCUAAGUUUGAAUUCAGAGUCCGCAGGUCAAAGGUCAUAGCUCAUUAAAUAUGCAAGUUGAUUUCUGCAUAAUAACUUAUGAAAUAUUCAACAGAUUAAAACAAAUGUUGGUGUGUAGGUAGAUGACACCAAAAUACAGGCCAAGUUCGAAUACGGAGUCUGCUGGUCAAGCUCAAAGGUCACGGCUCAUUAAAUAUACAAGUUGGUUCCCCAUGAUAACUUUGGAAAUAUUAACUAGAUAUUGAAAAUGUUAAGUGUGUCACCAAAAUGCAGUCAGGUCACAUCUAAUGACUUAAAUGUCAUAUCUUCUGUCAGAGAUAAUUAUGGAAAGGUUUAGUCUUUAAGUCAAAGGUCUAAAUGUUCAUUAUAUAUAUGCAGUUUGGUUUCGAUAUUAAGUCCAAUCAUAUUGAACGAUUUUCUGAUAAGUCAUUAUACUGCUGCUGAAUUAAAUAACACAAUACAGGCUAGAGGUGUUCAACUUGUAAUGGAGUGAGUGAUUUUGUGCAUUUGUGUGCAUUUUUGCCCAUUUUCGUGCGAAACUUUGCUGCAUCGCUAUGUGUUACUGAUGUAUUAAUGGCAAAUUGUUACUGACAACCAUCCUGGAGGGUAGGCAUCUCUGUUAACCUUAUGAAGCAAACUUUCUUUUAACAAUUCUUGUUGCAAUGCAUAGAAGCUAUAAGGGGUAAUUGGUCUACUAAAAAAUGAAUGAGGGUAUAAACUGUCAUAAACUUCUUGCUAAGUGGGAUAAACUUAUAUUUCAAAUUUUGAUUUUAAUAGGCUUUCUAUCUCAUAAUGGAUACCUAACGAUGUAUAAACUAACUGGUUUCAAUGUCCAGGUAUAAUGUUAUACCACAAACUAUCUAGUUUCAAUUAUACGACAACCUUAAGAAGUACAUUGCAGAGUAUCAUACAGCCGUACUUUAACAAAAGGAAGCAAGUAACAAAAGUAUGAUUUGUUGAAAAUGAGUAAUGUGUGUUCAUCAUUUAAAUAGGCGUCAAUGCAAUUUAACGCAUAUUUUCUUCAGUAUCUUUCAUAAAAAAAUCACUUCUCCACCAAAUUUUGCCUGAACCUGCAACAUACAAAGGGUGUUUCAGAAACAACAAUAACUCAAAUUUGAUUGAUGUGUCACUUGCUUCCUUUUGCCGAAGUUGGGCAGCAUACAGGUAUAGGCUUAUCCUUUUGAUUUUUAUUACCUCAUACAUUGCAGAGUAUCCUACAGGUACAAGCUUAUCCCGUUUGAUUUGCAUUGCCUCAUACAUUGCAGAGUAUCAUACAGGUAUAAGCUUAUCCCUUUUGAUUUUUAUUACCUCAUACAUUGCAGAGUAUCCUACAUGUAUAAGCUUAUCCCGUUUGAUUUGUAUUGCCUCAUACACUGCAGAGUAUCAUGCAGGUAUAAGCUUAUCCCUUUUGAUUUGUAUUGCCUCAUACAUUGCAGAGUAUCAUACAGGUAUAAGCUUAUCCCUUUUGAUUUGUAUUGCCUCAGGCAUUGCAGAGUAUCAUACAAGUAUAAGCUUAUCCCUUUUGAUUUGUAUUGCCUCAUACAUUGCAGAAUAUCAUACAUGUAUAAGCUUAUCCCUUUUGAUUUUUAUUACCUCAUACAUUGCAGAGUAUCAUAUUGGUAUAAGCUUAUUCCUUUUGAUUUGUAUUGCCUCAUACAUUGCAGAGUAUCAUACAGGUAUAAGCUUAUCCAUUUUGAUUUGUAUUGCCUCAGGCAUUGCAGAGUAUCAUACAAGUAUAAGCUUAUCCCUUUUGAUUUGUAUUGCCUCAUACAUUGCAGAAUAUCAUACAUGUAUAAGCUUAUCCCUUUUGAUUUUUAUUACCUCAUACAUUGCAGAGUAUCAUAUUGGUAUAAGCUUAUCCCUUUUGAUUUGUAUUGCCUCAUUACAUUACAGAGUAUCAUACAGGUAUAAGCUUAUCCCUUUUGAUUUAUAUUGCCUCAUACAUUGCAGAGUACCCUACAGGUAUAAGCUUAUCCCAUUUGAUUUGUAUUGCCUCAUGCAUUGCAGAGUAUCAUACAGGUAUAAGCUUAUCCUUUUGAUUUGUAUUGCAUCAUACAUUGCAGAGUAUCUCACAGGGAUAAGCUUAUCCCAUUUGAUUUGUAUUGCUUCAUACAUUGCAGAGUAUCCUACAGGUAUAAGCUUAUCCCAUUUGAUUUGUAUUGCCUCAUGCAUUGCAGAGUAUCCUACGGGUAUAAGCUUAUCCCUUUUGAUUUGUAUUACCUCAUACAUUGCAGAGUAUCACACAGGGAUAAGCUUAUCCCAUUUGAUUUGUAUUGCGUCAUACAUUGCAGAGUACCCUACAGGUAUAAGCUUAUCCCUUUUGAUUUUUAUUACCUCAUACAUUGCAGAGUAUCCUACAGGUAUAAGCUUAUCCCUUUUGAUUUGUAUUACCUCAUACAUUACAGAGUAUCCUACAGGUAUAAGCUUAUCCCUUUUGAUUUAUAUUGCCUCAUACAUUGCAGAGUACCCUACAGGUAUAAGCUUAUCCCAUUUGAUUUGUAUUGCCUCAUGCAUUGCAGAGUAUCAUACAGGUAUAAGCUUAUCCUUUUAAUUUGUAUUGCGUCAUACAUUGCAGAGUAUCUCACAGGGAUAAGCUUAUCCCAUUUGAUUUGUAUUGCGUCAUACAUUGCAGAGUAUCCUACAGGUAUAAGCUUAUCCCUUUUGAUUUUUAUUACCUCAUACAUUGCAGAGUAUCCUACAGGUAUAAGCUUAUCCCUUUUGAUUUGUAUUACCUCAUACAUUGCAGAGUAUCAUAGAGGUAUAAGCUUAUCCCCUUUGAUUUGUAUUGCCUCAUACAUUGCAGAGUAUCAUAGAGGUAUAAGCUUAUCCCUUUUGAUUUGUAUUGCCUCAUACUUUGUAGAGUAUCAUACAGGUAUAAGCUUAUCCCUUUUGAUUUUUAUUACCUCAUACAUUGCAGAGUAUCCUACAGGUAUAAGCUUAUCCCUUUUGAUUUGUAUUGCCUCAUACAUUGCAGAGUAUCAUAGAGGUAUAAGCUUAUCCCAUUUGAUUUGUAUUGCACAUACAUUGCGGAGUAUCCUACAGGUAUAAGCUUAUCCCUUUUGAUUUGUGUUACCUCAUACAUUGCAGAGUAUCCUACAGGUAUAAGCUUAUCCCUUUUGAUUUGUAUUACCUCAUGCAUUGCAGAGUAUCCUACAGGUAUAAGCUUAUACCUUUUGAUUUUUAUUACCUCAUACAUUGCAGAGUAUCAUACAGGUAUAAGCUUAUCCCUUUUGAUUUUUAUUACCUCAUACAUUGCAGAGUAUCCUACAGGUAUAAGCUUAUCCCUUUUGAUUUGUAUUACCUCAUGCAUUGCAGAGUAUCCUACAGGUAUAAGCUUAUCCCUUUUGAUUUGUAUUGCACAUACAUUGCAGAGUAUCCUACAGGUAUAAGCUUAUCCCAUUUGAUUUGUAUUGCACAUACAUUGCGGAGUAUCCUACAGGUAUAAGCUUAUCCCUUUUGAUUUGUGUUACCUCAUACAUUGCAGAGUAUCCUACAGGUAUAAGCUUAUCCCUUUUGAUUUGUAUUACCUCAUACAUUGCAGAGUAUCCUACAGGUAUAGGCUUAUCCCAUUUGAUUUGUAUUGCACAUACAUUGCGGAGUAUCCUACAGGUAUAAGCUUAUCCCUUUUGAUUUGUGUUACCUCAUACAUUGCAGAGUAUCCUACAGGUAUAAGCUUAUCCCUUUUGAUUUGUAUUACCUCAUACAUUGCAGAGUAUCCUACAGGUAUAAGCUUAUCCAUUUCGAUUUGCAUUGCCUCAUACAUUGCAGAGUAUCAAACAGGUAUAAGCUUAUCCAUUUUUAUUUGCAUUGCCUCAUACAUUGCAGAGUAUCAAACAGGUAUAAGCUUAUCCCUUUGAUUUGUAUUGCCUCAUACAUUUUAGAGUAUCAUACAGGUAUAAGCUCAAUGAUAUCCAAUUGUAUUUAUUGUUGAAUAGUUGUUAAGUUCUCUUUGGAUUUGUUUUGUGAAAUAAAUCAUAUAUUUUAAAUCGA